AUGCAGGCAAAGUCGUCCAGGAGAGGCGAUGCAGGCAAAGUCGUCCAGGAGAGGCGAUGCAGGCAAAGUCGUCCAGGAGAGGCGAUGCAGGCAAAGUCGUCCAGGAGAGGCGAUGCAGGCAAAGUCUUCCAGGAGAGGCGAUGCAGGCAAAGUCGUCCAGGAGAGGCGAUGCAGGCAAAGUCGUCCUGGAGAGGCGAUGCAGGCAAAGUCGUCCAGGAGAGGCGAUGCAGGCAAAGUCGCCCAGGAGAGGCGAUGCAGGCAAAGUCGUCCAGGAGAGGCGAUGCAGGCAAAGUCGUCCAGGAGAGGCGAUGCAGGCAAAGUCGUCCAGGGGAGGCGAUGCAGGCAAAGUUGUCCAGGGGAGGCGAUGCAGGCAAAGUCGUCCAGGAGAGGCGAUGCAGGCAAAGUCGUCCAGGGGAGGCGAUGCAGGCAAAGUUGUCCAGGGGAGGCGAUGCAGGCAAAGUCGUCCAGGAGAGGCGAUGCAGGCAAAGUCGUCCAGGAGAGGCGAUGCAGGCAAAGUCGUCCAGGAGAGGCGAUGCAGGCAAAGUCGUCCAGGAGAGGCGAUGCAGGCAAAGUCGUCCUGGAGAGGCGAUGCAGGCAAAGUCGUCCAGGAGAGGCGAUGCAGGCAAAGUCGUCCAGGAGAGGCGAUGCAGGCAAAGUCGUCCAGGAGAGGCGAUGCAGGCAAAGUCGUCCAGGAGAGGCGAUGCAGGCAAAGUCGUCCUGGAGAGGCGAUGCAGGCAAAGUCGUCCAGGAGAGGCGAUGCAGGCAAAGUCGUCCAGGAGAGGCGAUGCAGGCAAAGUCGUCCAGGAGAGGCGAUGCAGGCAAAGUCGUCCAGGAGAGGCGAUGCAGGCAAAGUCGUCCAGGAGAGGCGAUGCAGGCAAAGUCGUCCAGGAGAGGCGAUGCAGGCAAAGUCGUCCAGGAGAGACGAUGCAGGCAAAGUCGUCCAGGAGAGGCGAUGCAGGCAAAGUCGUCCAGGAGAGGCGAUGCAGGCAAAGUCGUCCAGGAGAGGCGAUGCAGGCAAAGUCGUCCAGGAGAGGCGAUGCAGGCAAACUCUUCCAGGAGAGGCGAUGCAGGCAAAGUCGUCCAGGAGAGGCGAUGCAGUCUCGCUUGCCCAUUUUCCAUGGCUACAUCCACCCCAGAGUUAUUGCUCCUGCAGGUUUGCAAGCCGUGGGCUCAGCAGUUACAUCAUUUGACACAAGAUGCCACAUACUUGAUUCAGCUGUGUUUGGUGAGACUGCUCCCAGGUGCAACCAGCAAGACGGCACAGUUUCUGCUUCAUACACUGCAAUACCUGCACACCACUGA